CGAGUUUAAAUUCAACCAUGGAAGGGAGUGCAUAUGUAUAAAUACGUUGCAUGUGUAUUAUAGACUAUAUUCAGUGCAAUGAAUACAGAAGUGCGAUGUCCAUUUCCCUACGACCCUACAACUGAAAAAAUCGCAGUUUGUCCGUAUGACAAGUCGCAUAUUAUGUUGGCGCAUCGCUUAGGGCGUCACAUAUUCAAAUCACACAAAGAGUACCGGGGGUUAGAAUUCCCGGUACGACAUACAACGACAAGCGAACAUCAGCAGGAGCAGGAGCAACCCGGUGGAUCAAAAGAAACAAAGGAGCAGCAGGAGUACCCGGGUGAGUGGUCGACGGAGUGGGACGGCGAGGAGUGCAUUUCGUAUUUAGAUUUCCUCCGGGAACGGGAAGAAGAACAACUCAAGGAACAGGAACAAUGGGAUGUUCGACGGAAUCGACACAAAAAGAAGAAGAAACUCCUCGCCAGACCAAUUGUAUAAAUAAAAUAAAAUAAAAUAUAUUAAAAUUCAAGUUUAUUUAAUUAUCCU